AUGGAAGACGCCUCAAUAACGUCGCUCAAGGCCGACUUCAUCCGCACUCAGGUCCGCCAACUCGACAUCCUCCUCGAACCAUCCACGCGAUGGCGCGAUCUCCUGCCCGCACCCGCCGACGAAGGCCAGCUCAGCGACAAGACGAUCGCCGACCUGGUCGGCAAAGUCAACGAGAAGAUCCGGCAACAUAACCGUCUGAUCUUCUCGACCCAGUCCCAACGGCACGUCGCCGAGCAGAUCGAAUCGAUACACUGGAACCUCGUCUCUGGCGACUUGCAGCGCGCGGAGGCCGAUACUGUGGUUAUACUCCGGGAUGCAGAGUUGACGGACUCGCAGGUCAUCCGCUCUUUGCCCCAGGAGUACGACAAUCUAUAUCCCCACCCAGAUCACGAAGAGCAGGAAGGCGAAGCAGAGAGGUACAACCGAUUGCGCGAGGGAUUGUUGGAAUUGAGUCGGAAGAGAGACGCAUUAAAGAGGAAGUCGGCGCAGUAUCAAGAGCUAAAGAGGUUGUUGGAGCCAUUGGACGAACCGCACAGGAAUGUGCAGCCAAAUCUGGUCACAAGGGACGGAGAAUUGAGCCAGGAGCUGGACCGCAUGAGGGUGUUGAUGGCAAGAGUGACGGGACGAAUCAACGGGACAAGCGAUUCGAGGGUAGAUGGGGAGGCUCUGCAGGAAGAAGCCCUGGCACCACGGACAGACCAGCAAAAGCUCGCACGCGUGAUAGGGUCGGGGUGA